GCGAGCCGUCUCCCUGAGCCGGGCUGUUGAUUUUCCUACAGCGCGCAAACACGCUCACUUAUCUGAGCCCGACACAUGAGCCAUAAAAGCGCACAUCUGUGACAGUUAAGGAAAGGGUUUAGGAAAUCACAUCCGCGGCUUGCGCCGCUGCGCAGAGAGUCUGGAGCGGCGUCUUCUGUGAGGAGCGCACAACGCAACUCUCCGGAGGAGGAGGCGCACAGAGGCUCGCUGCACCGAGAUCCAGCUGCGACUAAAAUCGGAGAAAUCAACACAAGGUCCACCCUGUCCUGACUUGAAUGGAGGGCACAGCCAGCAGCUGGACAGCCGAGCACGCCACUGCCUACGCGCAGCACGAUGACGGCGGCGCCAACGACACGGCUCCGGUGUUCGAGGUGGCGCUGCAGAACAGCUCCUCCAAGCGCAUCCCUCAGUUUGCUGGUGUGGAGCUUCUGCAGUCCUUCAAGCUGCUCAUCAUACCCUGCUACACCCUUGUGGCCAUCGUGGGCGUCUUUGGCAACUACCUGCUCCUCUACGUCAUAUGCCGCACCCGCAAGAUGCACAACGUCACCAACUUCUUCAUUGGAAACUUGGCUUUCUCCGACAUGCUGAUGUGCGCCACGUGCGUCCCCUUCACCCUGGCCUAUGCCUUCAACCCGCACGGCUGGGUGUUCGGCCGGUUCAUGUGCUACCUGGUGUACCUCAUCCAGCCGGUGACGGUCUACGUGUCAGUGUUCACGCUCACCGCCAUUGGUGUGGACAGGUAUUAUGCCACCGUGCACCCGCUGAAGAAGCGGAUCUCCGUGCUGGCGUGCACCUACCUUCUGUCCGGGAUCUGGCUGCUGUCCUGUGGUCUGGUGGCCCCGGCGGUGGCGCACACAUACCACGUGGAGUUUAAAAACGAGGGCUUCACCAUCUGCGAGGAGUUCUGGAUGGGUCAGGAGAGGGAGCGGCUGGCUUAUGCCUACGGCACUCUCCUCAUCACCUACGUCCUGCCCCUGUCGGCGCUCUGCAUCUCCUACCUGUGCAUCUCGGUCAAACUGAGGAACUGCGUCGUGCCGGGCCACCACACCGAGAGCCAGGCGGAGGCCCAGCGCCAGCGCAAGCGCAAGACCUUUCGCCUCGUGAGCCUGGUGGUCGCAGCUUUCGGCAUCUGCUGGAUGCCCAUCAGCGUGUUCAACGUCCUGCGCGACAUCGACAUCGGUCUCAUUGACAAGCACUACUUCCUGCUCAUCCAGCUCUUCUGUCACCUGUGCGCCAUGAGCUCGUCUUGUUGCAACCCGUUCCUCUACGCGUGGCUGCACGACCGCUUCCGCGCCGAGCUCCGCAAAAUGUUCACCUGCCGCCGCCGCAUCGGCAUCUCGGCCAACAACUGCGCCACGGCCAGCGUGGUGUUGUGA